GUUAGAGGAGUAGGGAUACUGCGCAUGUCCGAAACUGACAAAUAUGACUGCAGCUCCAACAUCUCAAGACAUCUGACCAAACCAGUAGGUCCAACAGGCCUCAACUGCAGACCACGUGUAUGGCGUCCAGUGGGCAAGCAGUUUGCUGAUGUCAACAUUGUGAACGGACUGUCCCAUGAUGCCGGUGGGGUUAUGUAAACAUCAUGGGUGGUUGAGAGACACCCUGGACUUAUUUGUUGUGAAGAGGACAGAAGGCUAGUUAGGCUAAGUUAUACUCAAGACCCCUCAGCCGCAGUCCAGAAGAUACUGCAGCCAUGGCUGAGGAGGACUACGGCUGCUUUGUGGACUGGACCCAGAUGGGGGACCUGGCCAACAGCAGUGGCCCCUCCAAACUGGAUGUCAAGGACCCAUUGGAGCUCAAGAAGCUGGCCAGGCAGGGCCACUGGGCCAAGAACCACAAGCUUCGUGCCCAGGUUUACCAGCAACUCAUCAAGGCCAUCCCCUGUCGCACCGUCACCCCCGAUGCUGAGGUCUAUCGUGACCUCAUGGGGGACAGCACAGGUAAAAAAGCCUCGUCCGUCAUCCCACUGCCGGACUUUGUGGACGGCAGCGCUGUUCCGCACUACUGCCUCAAAGCAGACGCAGUGACCACCGUCCACCGGGUCAUCUCCUGUCUGGCUGGCCAGUUCCCGGACAUCUCGCACUGCCCGGCGCUGCCCGCCAUAACUGCCCUCCUGCUGCACUUCAGUGCCGACGAGGCGCAGUGCUUCGAGAACAUCAGCCGUCUGCUGGCAUGCAACGAGCCAGGCCGACGCUUGGUGGACCAGACCUUCCUGGCCUACGAAUCCAGCUGCAUGACCUUCGGCGACCUGGCCAACAAGUACUGCCCGGCCGCCCACAAGUUGAUCGUGGCCACAGCGCAGGACGUGGUGGAAGUGUACUCGGGCUGGCAGCGCUGGGUGCUGGGCGACCUGCCCUUCAGCCACGUGGCCCGGGUACUAGACGUCUUCCUGGUGGAAGGAUACAAGGUGUUGUAUCGCGUGGCCCUGGCCCUGCUCAAGUUCUAUCGCAAACAGAAAGCCGGGGCUGGAGCUGGAGCUCAGCCAUCAGAGGGCCAGAAACAGGACUCUGCAGAGGUCAAGGCGGAGAUCCAGGCCUUUGUCAAAGCCAUCGGCUCCAGCAUCACCCCGGACAAGCUGCUGGAGAAGGCCUUCUCCAUCCGCCUGUUCAGUCGCAAAGAGAUUACCCUCCUGCAGCUCGCCAAUGAGAAGUCGCUGCAGCAGAAGGGUAUCACCGUCAAACAGAAGAGUCUGAGGCGCAACGUGCAGCUGGCUCUGAACCCGGACACCUUCUCCUCGGAGGUGGUCAGCGCCAAGGAGAUGAGGGACAUCUGGUCGUGGAUCCCCGAGCGCUUCGCCCUGUGCGAACCGCAGCUUCUCUUCACCACGUCCACCCACGGCUGCAGCCUCAACCGGUUUUACGCUCAUGUUGAAGGGUAUGAGCCCACUCUGCUACUCAUCCGGACCUGCGAAGCUGAUGUAUGUGGAGCCUUUCUCUCAACCGAUUGGGAGGAGCGCAAGCGAGGCGGGAACAAACUCAGCUUCUUUGGGACUGGAGAAUGUUUUGUCUUUAGGCUGAAGCCGGAGAUGGAGAGGUAUGAGUGGGUGGUGAUCCGCCACCCGGAGCUGGCUUCCUCCAUCAAGGCCCAGAGCAGUGAGGACCCUGCUGAGGACGAGGCUCCCACCGACAGGCAGAGCUCUGAUGACAACAGCCUCCCCGUGGAGAGGCCGGCCGCUGACCCCUCCAACCGCCUGUCACCCUUCCUCUCGGCCCGACACUUCAACCUCAACUCCAGAAACACCUCCAUGUUCAUGGCCGGCAACGUUGACUCCAUCAUAGUGGGGGGAGGAGAGGGCAACGCGCUGUACAUCGACGGCGAACUGAACCACGGGCGCACAGCCCGCUGCACCACCUUCGACAACCCGCCGCUCUGCUCCACCGAGAGCUUCCAGGUGGCCCUGCUGGAGGUUUGGGGCUUCCAGGACGCCAUGGCCUCAGAUAGAUAGACACAAACACACAGCUAGAGAGACACACACACACACAAACCCCACCAAAGGCCUGAUGAAGGUACCUGCAAUAUCAGAACAAACCCCUUUCCAUCCAGUAAAUUAAUUUAUCCUUUGAAUUCUAUACAUAAAUGUGAAAUAUUUGUAAUUAUUAAUGUAAAACAAGUAUCGUAUUCUGAAAGUAUCUUUUAUUUGUGAUAUUUUUUUUUUUACAGAUGUUUAAUUGUUGUAUUACUCUUUUUGUUGACUCAUUCGGGGGAUUAUAAUGACGAAAAGCAGCUCUGUUGUUUUAAAAAGGCUUUGUCUGGCAUUUUUAUCAAAUGCCAUGGUUUUACACACUCAAGUAACUUGUUUCAUUUCUAUAUUCACUUUAUAUCCACUCAUUCAUUUGUGCAAUCUGGUUAGGCGCUUAACCAACUGCCAAAAUCGUAGUUAGUAGGCCUGUAAGUCUAAGAACAUAUGCCGUCUACCCAGCUGUCAGAGAACUGGGGUCUAUGAAAAUGAAUUGCACAAAGUGAAGUGUGUAUUUGGUGAAGAAUGUUGGAUUGUGGGGUCUUUGCAAUCAAAAUAGCAGAGUUCAAGUAAUGCAGUCGUGACCUAAGUCGUGCCAGGUUUCAUUGUCUUUCAUCAAGCCCCGUUGUGCUUUUCCCUCUGACUGUACAUGUCUGGGAGUUAUUACUCUAUAUCAGAUUAACUGUGGUUCUGUUGGUGGAUACUUGUGUAAACUUGACGUUUCAGUGUAGCCUGGUCCCAGAUCUCAUUGUGCCAUCUUACUGAACCAUCUCCUAUGGUUAUUCAUUGUCGUAGCAAACAUGACAAUUGGCUAUACGGUACAAACAGAUCUGGGACCAGGCUAGUUUCAGUCUGGCUGUUGUGCAGACCAUAUUCUCGCCAGAUGUACUCUUGCUUCUGCACACAGCAGUAAAUUAGAAAAAAGACCCCUUUUAAAGUAUGCGAAUAUCGUUCUUUGAAUGCGUUUUUUUUUAUUGAUACUGUAAAAGUGUGCGACAAAGACCAUAUCCACGUCCCUCCCAUUUAGGUUCACAACCUGUAGUUACACUAUGUGUGAGUAAUGCCACAUUCAUCUGUCUUUCUCUAUCCGUCCCUCUCCUUUAACUCUGAAACGUUAUCAUCCAAAAAGGAGCAGAAAAUGUCAGUUAUUUGGCAGAGACUCAACUGUAUAUCAUUGAAUAUCUUUGUUGUGUUUGAAGUCCUCCAGUGAAGUAUCGAUUUAAAAAAAAAUACAGAUGUAUCAAAUAUGUGAAAGUAAUACACUCUGAAACAAGUAAUAUAUGUCUGUCAUGUUUUAUUGUUCAUUAUUUUUCACUUUCAUUGUUUGUUUGUUUUGCUAGCUUUGCACGCAUGUGCCCCUACCCAUUCGACUGUUCUUUCUCCAUGACUUCGGGGUGAAAGGAGGGUAGUAGUCUUGAACCCUGUCACAAAAACGUGUCAGUUGCCUUUCACAGUCCCAGAAUCGAACCAUUAGCCUAGCUUGAUGACUCGCGCUCUAUUCUGCCGCUUCUCUGUGGUUCGCGACACGCUUUAGUCUGAGACUGCCAUCAUUGAAGUCGUUUGUGGUGACGAGGGGUGAAUUUUCAAACCGCUGCUUUACCCAAGUGUGUUCUGGCUCAACCCAUCAGAUUCUGGACCAAUCAGGCAGCCCCGAAUGUAUUCGGAUUCGGUGAAGGGUCAGGGAGGUACUCAGAUCCAGACACACUGGGCGAGUUUGCGUGGUAAGGCGGAAGUCGAAUAGAGUCAAAGGAAGGUAUACGACAAUGGCAGACAUGUUGUUUGCCUUCUUUUAUGCCGAUGAAAUUGAUGCCAGUGAAAUUCCACUUCUACACAAAGCUGAACGUGAUCAACAUGUUCCAAGGAAUGAAUAUCCUGAUAAGGAAAUUAGAUACCAGCCCCAUGCUCUUUCACAAGUCUUGUUCUAUAUUUCUGUGAUGGUUUUUCACAAAAUAUUACCUGGUAGUGAGUGCAUAGGCUACUAGAAUGAAAACAUAUCAGUAUUUUUGCAGCAUAUGGGAUUUGCUCUGUUUGUCAUUACUUCAUGCCCUUGUACCUUCCUCAUUAUUUGUGAUUGUGCAACAUGGAAUUGUAACAGAUGUCAUUAAAUGGAGUCCACAAAGCUU